UGUCACAAGCGCACUAAGGUUCUCCCGCGAAGAACGGCUCUCUUUUACGGUUUCUCCGUACCGAUCGUCGUAUCGAUUACCACUGUCACGAGGGCAAUGUUAUCACAUUGUGGUCCGAUAUCUUCGAUUCAUAAGAGAUCUUCCUGUCGAUCUGAACAUUGUGCCGUAGCUGCAACUUGCUAAAAUGAUGUUACUGUUACUUGCGGUGUCGACGGUCAAUUCCCUGCCACUCGCCAAUGUGCAUGUGAAAUUUGUAUCGCCCUCCAAUGUACACGAGCACAGCAUCACAACAGACGGGGAUCGAACGGUGGCUCAAAAGUCAUUCAUCUCGAUCGGCCGAAGAAACUCAGCAAAGCGUUCUAAGGAUCUCGAUUACAAUUAUAGAACGAAUCUACAGCGAAAUCACUUACGACAGGCGAUAACAAAUCCCGAAAACGCCGAAUCCCUGUGGCCGGUCGGUGUCUUCCUGCCACCGAAUGAUAUCAAUGAUCUUGGAUACAGUUGGCAUGAGGUGCAACGUGGUCUUCCUGAUUUUUACAAAUUGGGACAAGACCCGUAUUUAUUAACUGGUCGUGAAGCAAUGAUGGCAGUUAAAUAUCUCUAUGGACUGGGUGAGCUUUUCUUUGACGAUUAUCCACAUGCAAAAGCAUUAUUACGAAAACAGGAAGAAAGGAGACUAAAUGGUUUACAUGGGCAAGUUCUGGGCAGCUUAAAUCCUAGGUCUCCAUUUCGCAGACAAAGUGUCAGAAGCAAUUAAACUAAGAAUGAUUUAAUUGAAAUUUAUACUCAGUAUUACUGUGCUCUCGGAAAAAUCAUAUAUAAGCUUAAUUUGUAAU